GGGUGUGGUAAGUAAGUGAAUUACUGUGAGUGUUCCGCAAUUUGUGAAAAUUAGUUGCGUGUUUUUUCAGCAUUUUCUGCAAUUUCUAACUCAAAAUUUUAACAUUUUGCAUGAUAGUGCUGCAAAAUGGUUGAGAAAGCACCAGAUUUUAUAGAUGUGACGGAAGUGCAGUUUAAAUUGCAAAGUAGAGUGAGGAUUUUCAGUGCUGAUGUCAAUACCAAGCCGAAUUGCCAAUUAGUAGCCACUGCAAGUGCUUUCGGAUUGGUUUUUGUGGCGUCUCCACAGCCGGAACUCAAAGUUAUUCAGCUGUCGGCUCUCACGGGAGAUAAAGCAGCUGAUGAGGCAGUUCCCAUAAGAACAAUUCCCCUUCCCAGCGAAGCCACACAAAUAGCUGUCAAUUGCGACAAUACGCUCCUGGCUGUGGAUGUUGUUAUCAAUGGCAUUACAAUGAUAAUCCUUUAUGCCAUUCAAUCCUUCCUGUCGCAGCACGUGAAGGCUCUGCACAAUAUCCGAUUGUCUCCGGACAAUGGAGUGCGAUCCAAGCAACUUGCCUGGAAUCCAACGAUUCCGGGCGUCUUGGCUGUUUGUCUCGAAAAUGGAGCCCUGUCGAUGUUUGUGCUGAAAGAUCAGGGUUUCGAAUUUCACACUGUUGACAAGUCCCAAGCCAUUUCCAGUGUUUGCUGGAGUCCCAAGGGCAAGCAAAUUGUAGCUGGUUGUCCGGGUGGCAGGUUGAUUCAGUACAAGCCCGACUUGAAGGCCAUCCGGAUCAUUGAGUGUCCUCUAGAUCAACAGUCCGGACCCCUUCAGGCUAUCUCUAUUCAGUGGCUGUCAACGUAUCAAUUUGCCGUGGCUUUUGCACCGGCUGAACCUUCCCCUCCUUGCCUCUAUGUUGUCAAUGCGCCCAAAAUUGGCCAGAUCUCAUGCAUCAACUACGAGGAUAUCUGCUACAGUGGCUCUGGUCCGAGGCAGACGCAAGUCUAUCUAAUUCAUAUUCUGCCCUGGAACACGCUUCUCGUGGCAUCGGCUAACAGCAUGGAAGUUGGAGUUCUGGCCACGAAUGAGACUGGAGAUGCUCCCGUUUGGAGACAGUGGUGCAUGCUUGAUGAAGCUAGAGCAGAGCUACCGCUAACUGCAAAGAAACAAGAGAGCUACCCGAUAGGGUUUUCUCUUGAAACAGGUUGUACUCACCGACUAACCAUCGGCGAGACAGAAAUGCCUGUGAUGCCAAUGAUUCACUUGCUUUCCACUGAUGGUGUCUUGGUAUCCUUCAAUAUCCUCAAUACAAUACAAAAUGUCCCUGGAAUUUGUUCUCCACCACGUCCACUACAAGACACAACGGGGCUAGGAGAGUUUGUUAUGGCUGCUCCAAUGCCAAAACCUCCACCCGUUCAGACUCAAGCACCACCAGUUUCCACUGGCAUUUCCAUGACAGCGUCAAAAGAGAGUGAACUCAAUUUGUCGAUGGCUCCUACAGCAGCGUCGACUCCUGUGAUUCAGCAAAAGGCUAAACCAAUUUUUGGGAAUUCGGAGACUUUUAAGGCCCCAACGAGUGUUUUUGUAAGUAUUGGGCAACAGUCUGUGAACAAACCUGUUGCGUCUUUUGGUGUACCGAAUGAGAAUGUGCCAAAGACUGUAAAUACAACAGUGUUUGGGGGAGGUAUAGGCGGUCAGAUGACUGCGUUACCAUUUGGAAGUGUUGCAAACACAGGUAAGGUAACUACUCCUGCUGCACCUGCUCCUGUUAAGGCUGCACCGAAACCUCAGGCCGCUCCAGUGUCUUUAGAACAGUCUAAACCGUUCAUUACUGUUCCUCCGAAUUAUUCAGCCAGUCAGACAAGUGAAAGGAAGCCAGCUCCGGAGAAAAGUUCAGCGGUUAUUCCGUUAGAUGAGGAGAACAACGCUGUAAUUCAGAAGAUGAUUGCUGAAGAAGUUCAUGCAUUCGAGAAGGAUCUCAAAGAGAUAACAAAACGCUCUCAGAACAUUAGCACGCAGAUCGGCAGUCAGGAAACUUUGUCUAGCAUAACAAAGCAGUUGCGUGAGUUGACGGAUUUGACCGAUCAAGCUACUGAGAGCAAUGAUUCUCUAAGUGCUGAUGUUAGACUCCUUACAAUGUCCCUCAAUGAGGCUUUCAUGAUGACAGCCGAGGCUAAGAGUAAGUGGGAAGUUGUGGCUAAUCCUACGUACACAAACAUCAACUUACGCAGUGGAGUGAAUCAGACCAACAGGAGGCAAUUGAGCAAAUUGCAAGCCAUGUUGACAAACAAUCGAGUUCAUCUGGAAGAGAUCAAUAAGCAAAUUGACAGUACUUGGGUUUUGCAUGAAGAGGAGAAGAAGCAGUACAAGAAGGAUCGUAUGAGAGUUCCUAAAAUGGAAGUCAUCUAUCAAACAAUUAAUGUUCAACGAGAGAUACUGAUGGGACAACAGAAGAGGCUGAAUGACAUCAAGCAGAAGUUGGACAUUAAGCUAACCAAGAAAACACCAAACAUCCAGGAAAUUGAUUCAUUGUCCGAUUCGAUAGUGUCACUAGCGCUGGUUGAACAAGUUGAAGCAGAAACUAAGAAACUUGGUCCAAACAAGAUGAAAAAACUACAGGAUCUUCUGAAAGGUCACACUGUACGUACAAUUCAUCCCAAGAGACCAGAAAGGAAAGGUAUUAAUUCGGAGAUUGUACAGGAAAAGCGAGAAGCUGCUGCAAGAAUUAAGACUUCACAGGCAGUUCAGCAAAGUCCACAACCAAGUAUGCCAGCGCCUAGUUUUAGCUUUGGCGGUACGUUAAACCCCACACAACCUAUAAAGGUUAUCGAUACAAAAGCACCACCUCCUGCUCGACCUGUAGCUAAGGCCAAGCCACCCACAUCAAAAUCUAUACCGCAAACUGAAUCCAAGCCACCAAGCUUCGUAGCAACGAAAGCUCCUUUGGGUGGUUUUGAAGCCAGUAAGCCGUUUACAUCGACGGUACCAUCAAUCUUUCAGCCAAAAAGUGAAACAAAGGCUUUUACUUUUGGUGCCACUAAAGUAGAAGUCGAAGAAAAGAAACCGCCUCAGCAGGAAGUGGUGUUUGGAACUAAACCUACAAUAGCAGUUACUACAAAGCCAUCAAUUGCAAGCCCCACAGUUGCAGCAUUGCUUACCAAGAAUGGUGGAUCUAAUGAGAAUGCGAAGCGGGAUGUUAAAGAUGAAAAGUCAUCCGAACAAACAAAGACAACACCGUUUUCUUUCAACAUCCAAAAAUCACCCCUUGGUGUAUUCAAUCAAGGCAACAAGGCUGGACCGGUUUUUGCUCCUGUUUCAUCAUCUGUUGCUGCCACGACUGCAACAACAAGUAUUUUCAGUCAACUGGCUGCGGCUUCAAGUGUUCCGUCAUCCACUUCCAUUUUUAGUACUUUAUCAUCUUUUGGAUCAUUGGCUCAGACGGCUCAGACUGAUAGUGUUGCAAAGAGUGAUAAACCAGUAGCCGUUGCUACAACCGCUCCAACUACAGCGAACUUGUCAUCAAGUACAGGAUUCACCAUAACUCCUAUGGCAGCGUUGGAGGCAACUGUUUUGAGUACGCCUGCAACGACGACAACAGCUGCAGUGACAAAAGAAGCAGAUGUACCGAAGAAAGAAGAUACAGGAUUCAAGUUUGCUUUUCCUAUUGCAACUACUCCGUCUGCUACGAAAGAGACUUCAAUAUCCGUGCCAGCAGUUGUUUCAACCACACCAUCCACUGCCGCUGCAACAAGUACAAUCUCAAAGACUACAACAACAACUGUUACAACUAGUUCGUCUGCUUUCGAUGCAGACAACUUGCUGAAGAAUCUGUCUUUUUGUCAGCCAAAUGUAGCAGAAAAAGCUCCAGAUGAGAAGCCAUUUUCUGUGUUUUCUCUUGGGAAUUUUGGUGCCAGUACUGCCACAACAACAACUCCAACGGCAACUUCGUCAAUUUUUGCAUCAACCGCUAAAACAACAACCUCAUCGAUUUUCGGUGGGAACACAUCAACUACGACAACGACUUCGGCUCAAGCUGCGCCUGUUACUUCUGCUGAACCCUUCAAAGUUUCAUUUGGAUCUAUGACCAUUACAUCAACGCCCGUAUCGAGUGUUGCUCAGACUACAACAACAACCACGUCGCCACCUGCGGGUUUCUUCAGUGGAGUUAUCAAACCUGAUCCUCAACCAUUUGGUGCUCAAUCAACUGCAACUACAACAACUGUUGCUAGUCCUUUUGCCAGCCUCACAACAUCUUCUGCAGCAUCAACCAGUCCUUUUGGUGGUACUUUAGCAACUACAACAUCAACGAGUCCUUUUGGAUCGAGUGGUGGAUCACUUUUUGGAUCAUCUUCGGGCUUUCAAGUUCAAUCUCAGAAUGAAAAUUCGUCAGUUUUUGGAACACCAAAUAAGAGUUCAACUGGUAUAUUUGGUGGUAGUAGUGUUUUCGGUCAACCAAGUACACCAUCAUCAACUGGAAGUAUCUUUGGUGGUAGUAUGACACCAAAUACUGGAUCAAGUAUUUUUGGAGGAGGUGCAACUACUCCUACUACAUCCACUACGUCUGUUUUUGGUGGAGGAUCAGUUUUUGGUGGAACACAAGCAGCACCACAAUCUUCGGUUUUCGGAGGCGGAAGUACCAAUAGUAGUACUCCAUCAUCUGGAUUUGGUUUUGGUCAGCAGCAACAGCAGACAAGUUCUGUCUUUGGAUCACCUUCGGCAUUUGGUGGUGGUAGCUCCUUUGGGUCGCCGUCUGGAGCAUUUGCUCAAGGAGGACCUUCAGUGGCACAAACUGGUUUUGGAUCACCAAAUGCUUUUGCGAAACCGACACCGGCUUUUGGAGCUGCACCCACAUUUGGUGGUCCUCCGACAUUUGGUUCAUCACCAACUUUUGGCGGAGCAGCAACAUUUGGGUCUCCUCUCAAAUCAACAGGAUUUGGAUCAUUUUCAUUGGAAACUAACAACACUUUUUCAGCGCCAACCAAUCAGCAAAAUAAUUUGUUUGCAGCUCUUGGAUCAUCAGAUACGGGAAUGACUUUUGGGAAUCUGGCACAGAACAACAAUGCCAAUCAGGCAAAAAUGCAAUUUGGAGGUUCGGCAUUUUCCACUUGGCGUCAGUAAAGUUAAAAUUUAUUUCUUCCCCAUAAAUCUCCCCUUGAAAAUCACAUGGAUAAUAAAUUCUCCUCGCUUCAGUCGAGUAAUGGA